ACUUGCAUCCACUAAAGUGUGGCAGACUUCCCUACUUUAGUGUAUAUGCAAUGAAAAUUAAAUAUCCUUCUACUGCGUAAGAAAGCUUCCUAGUAGGAGCAAAAAUGUACGGUCUGGGAGGCUCUGUUUUUGGCUUAGAGGAUUUAGCCAUCUAUGCUACCUUAGUGGGUUCUCAGAUUUCUAUUGCUGUCAUCUCUGUUCUCUUGGGAAAUCAAUUGGCAAAGGGUUCAAAUCCUUUGAUUUUUGUGGCUUAUACCAAUGCCUUUGGGGGCCUGGUACUCAGUCCGUUUGCCUUCUUCCUUGAAAAAAACAAGCGGACCAAACUGAAUUUUUCUCUGUUGGGUCGACUGAUUGUGCUCUCUCUAGGCGGAGUGUGUGCAUUUCAAACAUUGUUAUUAAUGGGCUUGAAGGAAACGUCUCCUUCCUUCUUUUCGGCAAUGCCCAACUUGUCACCUGCAAUUAUUUUCGUCAUGGCAUGGGCUUUUGGAAUGGAGAAAGUAGACAUUAAGUCUGCUAAUAGCCAAUUUAAGAUUGUGGGUACAGUGCUUUGUGUGGGUGGAGCAAUGGCCAUGAGUUUCCUGCAUGGUCCUGCUCUAAGCCAGCUCUGGCCUUCAUCAGACCCUCAUUCAGAAAACAUUAUCCCUAACUUUCUACAUGAGGGGAAUUCAGACCAAACUGUUACAGGAUGCAUUUACCUCUUAACAGCUGUGACAAUCAUGUCAUCUGCUAUGAUAAUACAGGCUGAGACAUUGAAAAGGUUUCCAGCCCCGUUAUCCAUGUCAGCACUCACAGCACUUCUUGGCUCCUUUGAAACUGCUGCCUUGAUAAUGUUUCUGGACAAGGGUGUUGCUGCAUCAUCAUGGUCUCUGGAUUGGACUGGGGUUGUGACUGUUAUGUCUGGGGGAAUCAUUGGCAAUGCAAUGCUUGCUACUUUGCUACUUUGGUGCGUUCAGAAAAGAGGACCUGUAUUUGUGUCAACAUUCAACCCUAUCUCUACUGUUUGCUCUGCUAUCUUAUCAUCCUUCAUUUUAGGGGAAACCCUGCAUCUGGGAAGUGCAAUUGGCGUGAUGUUGAUAAUUGGGGGUCUGUAUCUAGUUCUAUGGGGCAAGAGAAAAGACAUUAUUAUUUCUGAAAAAACAUUUUCAGACGAAGAAGAGCAAUUAAACACUUCUCAGAAAACAACAACAGAUAUAAAAAAACCUCUAUUAUGUUGAUGGUCACUAUCUCUUAAAUUACUGAGUAAUAGUGCAAUUUAUCAUGUGCAUGAACAUACAAAAAACCAUGCACUUUCUAUAUGUAAGCUAGCUCUUUGGCAGAUCUAUUUAUGUUUAAAAUUGCUGUACAUAUAACAGAUUUUGAUGAGGAAAAAUAAAUAUUGUUUUUAAAUUGUUAUAUAUAUAUAUAUAUAUAUAAUAAAUUCUGAUGAA